UUCAGCUUCAUAUGUAAUGUUAAUAUUAAAUACUCCGUACGGAACAUUGGCAUUCAUAUCCAUAUUAAUAGCAGUGGCGCAGAACACGAGAAGAACUUUGGUUGCCCCUCUGCAAUCCCCUUUGCUGCUAUUAUUACUCUCUUCCACUCCACGCUCUCCAGCGUCACCACCAUCAUGUAUGAGUCGUAUAGACCCCAUCACCUCCUCGCCCAAGUUCCGUUAACAGUCUCCCCUUUCAUCAACCUUCCUACAUCCGUCACUCUUCCCUACACAUUCAAAUCCGUCCCGUCGACUCUUCCUCCCUCCGUGACCGUCGAUCCAAGCAAUCCCGAUGUAAAAGCCCGCUACAUUGUGUCGCCCAGUGGCGAGCACGCUGCGCUCCCAGAAGAGAUACUGGCAUCAUGCCAGGCUCUUGAAAACCACCUGAAGAAAGCUCGCGAUGACGCAACAGUCACUAUCCGGGACUGGGAAGAAUCGAUCAAACAGCGAGAUCUUGCCGAGAAACGACGCGUCGCCCCUGGUUGGCUGGAUCGAGAAGAGAAACUGCUACAGCCAAGCAAACUCGCUUCGCCUCAUGGGCAAAGGAUGGAGCAGCAAAAAGAACCAAGCUUGCUGGACACUUUAUCUGCAGACCAGAGCGCUUACAACACCCCGUCGAUAGUGCCACGCAACGAAGGCGAAGAGCUAGAUAGGGCGUUUGGUGGACUGAACGUAAAAUAAACUCGAAUAUCGUUUUCGUCUACCGCUGACGUUCGAUCUUGCUGGUAUAUAUGAUCUUGCAAAGAAACCAGAAUCGGCUUUCUUUCAUGAAUCAAUGUAUCACAAAGCAUUCUUCGUGCACUAGGUGCAGGAUGAAGCAGGGGGCCAUUUCUCCGUAUUCCACGGAGCAUACGGGCAACCGCCAAAUUAUCCCUUCAGAUUGUUGGCUGAAAGACUGUAAACAAGCCUGGCGCUGCUGCUGGACUCUGGAUGCGUUUACCGAUCUGGCACAGGCGCUCCAAGAACUGCAGAGAUAUUAUGUAUACCCUGCCAACAUUCGUAUUGACUUUGCCGGUUGUUGGGGAUAGCAUUUUUGAGAUCCAUGAGCUUUUGAUGUGGUUCAUCUAUGGAUCUUUUUGUUCACUACGGCACUAUGAAAUGACCUUCAUAUAGCAGAAUGUGAAUGCCUUGCGGAGUACAGCAAGGAAUACUGUACUCGAUUGAUAGGACGUGAGAAUUUGCUUUCUCGACUUGUGUUUGUAGAUAAUCUUCACGAGCUAGAUAAAUAGUGUUCCCUCCACUCCACCUCGAUUGACGUGUAUAAG